AUGGAUGAGAGAGGUGACAACAAGAACACCACAAGCCUCCUCCAUAGUGGUGAUAUUGAAAGGAAGAGUGAAAGACCAAAAGAACCUUGGAGAGGAGAAUAUGUAAAGAGCAUAGUUUAUGGAGGACUUGAUGCUAUUAUCACAUGCUUUUCUCUCAUUUCCUCCAUUUCAGCUACCACUAGUUCCUCUGGGAAUGUGUUGGUUCUAGGGUUUGCAAACUUAGUAGCAGAUGCAAUAUCAAUGGGAUUCGGAGACAUAGUCUCUGCUAGCUCCGAGCGGGAUGUAACCAUGGAGGAGAGGAGAGUCACUGAAUGGGAUGUUUUAAAUAGUAGAGAAAAUGAACAAAGAGAUUUAGUUAGAUACUAUCAGUCUCUUGGAAUGGAUUACAACGACGCAACCGCGGUUGUGAACAUAUUUACAAAAUACAAUGACAUACUAGUGGACCAAAGAAUGGCAGCUGACAAAGGAAUGCUACCAGCAGAUCAAGAAAAGAAGCCAUGGAAGAAUGGCUUAGUGACCUUUGCAUCGUUCAUGGUUUUUGGCUCAAUACCUCUGCUAUCUUUCAUCAUCCUUAUACCAUUUACAGAUAAUGAUUCGGUUAAGUUUGUUAGUGCUUGUCUUGUUUCAUCACUUGGCCUUGCACUUCUUGGUGUGGCAAGGGCAAGAAUUGCUGGUCAAAACAUGAUGUUGACCACAGGUGUUACUCUUUUCAGCGGUGUUAUAGCUGGAGCUGCGGCUUAUUUAGUAGGGUGGUUGCUAAAGCAUGUUGCAGGAAUAGAAGGUUGA